AUGGAAACUUGUAAAGAAAUCGAUCGGCCAAAUGAUACUUUCAUUUGGGAAGAAUUAUUAAAUCUUGAUUGUUCUUUAGAAGAUUAUCAAGAUUUGCAAGGGAGAUAUAGUGCUCUUCUUGAAACCUACAGCAAAGAAAUAGAAAAUUCUAAAAAAGUUAAAAAAAGUUUAGAAAAAUGUUUAAAAUUUUAUUCUAAAUUAUGCAAGAAAUAUGAGGCUCAACAAAAAGUUAUAUUAUCACUGGAAAAGAGUGUUAAAGAAAAAAUGACUUGCCUGGAAGAAUCUUUUAAAGACCAAGAAAAAAUGAAAGGAUUGAUUAAUAUUUAUAAAAGUGAAAGAAGUCUUUAUACAGAUGAAUCAAAUUAUGAGUUAAAAAAAGACAAGGAAAUUUUACUCGAUAUUUGUUGUCAGUUAAUUAGUGAAUCUGUUAAAACUAAUAACAUUAGUAAAAAUGUUAAUUUUAAGGAAGUUUUUAAAGUUGAUAAUUCUGAACCGCAAAGUUUUAUCAAUUCACCUAGAGAUAAUUUGUCUGAAUAUAAGUUGAAAACUGAUUUAAAAAAAGAAAAAGAUUUACCUUCUUUUAAUGAAUGUUCUCACCAUAAUAUUUUUAACAAAGUCGAUGAGUUUUCAAGUGAUGAAAAAUCGUUAAAAAGCAUGCUGAAAACUUCACCGGAAAAUUUUAAGGAAAACAGUAAUGAAAUUAUUACUGUAACCGAUAAAGAAAUAUUUGAUCAGAGUAAAUGUAUCUCUGAAAAAAAGUCUAAUGUUGUAUUUGAAAAAGAGAAAAAUGAUACAAUUGAAAAAGUUGAUAGUGAAACAAUAAACUCUGAGAGCAGCUUGCUUACUACUACAGAAUGUAAAAUUAAAUUAUUAAAAAAUUUUUUUGAAACAGACGAUGAAAAUAACAGUUCAGAAACCUUACCAGAAAAUAGCAUGAAAAAUUUAAUAAAUCAAUCUGUGAUAAAUUCCAAUAAUGUCGCCUGCCGAGAAAAAAAUUUUGGUAUUAAGAAAAAAAACACUGAGUACUUGAAUGUUCAUAAUGACCAAUUAAUUACAGAUGAUAAAUCUAAAACAAGUGAACAAAUUUUAGAGAAAAUUGAUAGUAAAAAUACUGAUUGUUCUGAAAUAAUUAGAGGUACUCAUAGUUUAGUAAACGAAGAAAUUAUGUCUCCUUCAAAAGCCUCAGAAAGGAACUGUGAUAAUUUAAACACGUUUAAAAGUAUUUGCCAAAGCCAAUUGGAAUCCACUGAAGAAAUAAAACGUAAUAAAAUUAAUUCUGAUAAAAAUAAUUCUGUGUCUAAUUCCGAAACUAAAAUUUUUCAUUCUAGUCAAAGUAUUUUUGAUGUACCUAUGUAUCAAGAUAAAAACGAAUUAAAUUCUAAUUUAACAGUCAUAGAAAAUUCUGGAAAAUUAAAAACAAACAUGUCGUUCAGUCAAAAUAAUUAUAAUCUUAAUAACAGCACUGAAAUUUGUGAUAUUACAUUUAAAUCAUCCGAAAGUAAAGGAGAAGAUUUAAGUGAGUUAAAUAUAAAUCACAAAAAUUUCGAUAAUAAAACAAAUCCUUCUGAAAACCAAAAUUUUGAGUUAGUUAGUGCGAGAAUUUCAGAGGAUUCAACAAUUGUUGAUGUAGAUGAUCGAGAAGAAGAUUUGUCGAAAAUAUUUAUCGAAAUGAAAAGAAUAAGGCUGUUGUCUCCAAUAAAAGAUUUGGAGAAAAAAAAAAAAAUAGUUUCUUUGAGUAAUUCAACGUGUGAUUCAUUGAUGGAUAAAAAUAUUUCCGUUAGUAAAUUACACGAGUCAAGGGUUGAUUUUAAUAACGAUGAACAAUUUAAUGAUCCUUUGUUAAAAUUAGAAAAAAAAAGGCAUUUGAUCGGAUUAAAUUCAAAUAAAAUUAAAAAAAUUAAAACAAAUGAAAGUGCAGGGAACAGUUGUCAGUCAGGAUUUUUGGAUUCGAUAAUUUGUGCCAUGUCAAUUCAAAAUCAAGAAUUUAAAUCAAAUUCAUUUAAAAAAGAACAAAAUAAAAAAAUUGAGGAAUUUAUUUCUUCGACGAAUUCAACGAAAGAAGAAGCGAAUAAAAAUGUUAACGAAUUAAUAUCAGUAUUAAAAAAUUGUGAAAGUGACGUCAUUGAAAAAGUUAUAAUUUCUUUAGUUUUUGAAAAUGUCAAUGAGGAAAUAGAAAUAAACGAAAGGCCGAUUCCACCGUUGACGAAAACUCAACAUCGACUCAUAAUAAUUCUUUCCGUAUUAAAAACUCAAGAUUCGAGAACGGAAAACGUCAUAUCGGCAUUGAUGACGAAAAUAUCACAGAAAUUAUUUCUCAAUCAAUAUCUUUGGCCCGACGAAACCGUAGAAAUGGCUUCCAGGUUUUACGUGGCUCUUUGCGUCAAUCGUAACACGACCGAGAGCAUACAAUCCGCGUGGAAAUUUUGCUACCAGGCGAUGAUGGAAAUGAAUCAAAGAUCUUGCCUAAUUUUUUUCGUCGCCCUGCAAACGUGGCCCAUCAUGUUACACAAAGCAUCCGAGCUGGGAAACAAUGUUCUGGCACUGACAAUAGUCAACAUUUUCUUACACAUGCCGAAAGGACCUCAUCGUAACCGUCAUAAAAAAUUAUUAGCGUUGAAACAUCUCCUCAUGAAUUAUUACAAAUUCAACAUGGAUGACACGAUUGAAAAUCACGCGAUCAAAGUUAUGGAUUUAUUUUUCAACGGCGAAAAUGUUGUAAUCAAGUCGAUUAUUUUACUUGUUAAGUACAGGGAUUUCGUGUGGUUGAAAAAAAAUUUAUUUUCCAAAUUAAUAUCGAAAUUAAAAGACUGGAUCGGCGAGGAGGGAACCUGUCAUAAAAUUUUAGAUUUAUUUAAAAUAAUAAUACCGAUUUAUUUGAAUAAAAACGAAGCCAUGUUGGAUAGCGUGGGAAAAGAAAUAUUCGAGAUGGUCAUUUUUGAAAUCUCUGAAAUAUUGUCAUCAGGAAAAUGUAAACACGAGUCGGAAUUGAAAAUUAUCGAAGUGUUAUUAAUUUUGAAAAAUUUUCCGACAGCGCAAAAAAUAGUCAGAGAAUGGAAACCCAAAGAAUUCAUAAGCGAAGAUUUGAGAAAUCAAAUUUUGAACGUUUCAAGCGAAAAUAUUUUACGAGAAUUGAAAUUUAAUCGUAAAAGGGAAAUGAUUGAGUCGAGAAAAUAUUCAAACGGACCGAAAAAGAAAAGGAAAAAUAAUAAUAAAUUAAAAAAGAAGAAGAAAAAAAAAAAAGUUAAAUAA